CCAAAAUACCUUUCAUCUCCGAGGUCAAGCACCUCACUCGAGGACGCCAACGAUAAUAAUAAUAACAAUAACAAUAAACGCACAACCCUCAAUUUAUUAUCGAUUCCAUUAUUCCCUGACCACCGUCGUAAAUCCAAACGAAUUAUUGUCUCAGGAACGGACAGUUUAAUCAAUAACGUAAUAAUUGCUGCAACUAAUCAGUUCCGCGUCGGUAUCAAACAAUUUUUUCACAUUUUAUCCCGUAAACGCUGAAAUUGUACGCCAACGUGGGUGGCAAAAGGUGCACAAAAUUCACGAAAACCAUUUAAAUCGAUCGGACCGUAACAUUUUUUCCCCCUGGUGUCCGAUUCCUGCAACCGAUUUAGCACCACUGGUUUGGUUGUAUGUUUUGCAGGAGAUGCAAGCUUAGGUCCCUUGUACGAAUUUGUCAUUCGCGUAUUUUCAAUGAAAACGUCCCUGCGGGCCCCAAAUUGAAGGUUCGCCGCCUAAUUUAGUGUCGUCGGUGGUUCGUUGCAGUUGCACGGUUCGCGUGGUGAUUUGGUGUUGUGCGUGUUUAUUGGCGGAAUGUAAGGUUAUGUGCGUUGUUAAAGGGCCGUUUCAGGUGUCGGACGGCCGUUCGUCACAGGUACGUAUCGGUGUUGAAGAACGGCGCCGUGCAAAUAUCGAUUGUUCACGCCAGUCAACAACAAACGGCAUGAAAUAUAAAAAGUUUUUGUGCCACUGUAGGCUACGGCAACGGCAGUGGCAGCAAAAGUGCAGUAAGCCAAGUUGUAAAGAGGGUCGAGCAGUCCGAAUUGUCUCCGCGCCGUUUCCGCGUUCGAUGUAACCGUUUCGGCGGCGCAGACGGGGUUGUUUCGUUGUUGUUGUUGUUGUCGUUGUCCCGGGGGGGUUGUUGACGGGAUGGCGGAGCUGCGGAAGGCGAGGAAGUCGAACUUCUCGAAGGAGGAGGUGCACGCGCUGGUGGCGACCGUGCGCAAACAUUACAAGGUGCUGUACGGGAAGUACGCGAAAAAGGCGUCGAACAAGUCGGCCAGGUGCAAAGCCUGGCUGGACGUGUUGCACACCGUCAACAAGGUCAGCCUGGAGAAGCGCACCAUGCCUGAGAUUAAGAACAAGUGGAAGAAGUGCGUGUACAUGCUGCGGGACCCGGACGCCGAGUACGUAGAUUCUAUGCCGCUGGACCAGCGACUGAAGCAAGCGCCUGAGUUGCCGCAGAACGCGGAGCCUGUGCUGCAGUCGCAGCCCCUUUCGCCCACUAAGUUGAAGGUGACGAGGCAGAAGCUGCAGCCGCCGGUUGUGAGGCCACCCACACCACCGCCCGUCAACGAGGAGGUGUGCCUGAGAUGGAACAGCCACCACCAGAACAUGCAGAACAGCUUCCCGUCGUUGCUGCUCAAGGAGCAGUACGUGGAUGUCACCCUGGUGGCUGAGGGCAAGACGCUGAAGUGUCACAGGCUGAUUUUGUCGUCGUGCAGUCCCUACUUCGAAGAAGUGCUGGGUGGCAUCAGCCCUCAUCAGCAUCCCGUUUUGUUCAUGAGGGACAUACCGUUUUGGAUUUUGAAGUGUCUGCUGGAUUUUAUGUAUUCCGGGGAAGUACACAUUUACCAGGCCAAGCUGCAGGACCUUUUGAACGUCGCUGAGUUGUUGAAAAUUAAAGGUUUAACCGGAACAAAGGAGGAACAGCACGAGCAAAAAGAAGAAAUCAAAAGCGAAGAGAAGCAAAACGACGACCAAAAAAAGCCGGAGAAAAAAGAGGAGAAAAAGCGUAAAUUCGAAGACAAACAACGCGACAUAAAAAAAGAAGAGAAAAAGGAAGAUAAAAUUAAAAAAGACGAGAAGAAAAAGAACACCGACGUAAUGUUCAAGGUUCCUACAAACGCAUCACAACCGAAUCAAAAGAAACCGGACAGGAUAGAGACUCGGAAAACCAAACUAGAAUCCGACGACAUUUUAGAUCCGUUGGAUUUGUUGGAACCCAUUUACGAGGAACCGGCGAAGCCGGACCGUCCGGUUAACAAAUUCAGACAGUUCCCCAUCAAGAAAAAUUUCCCUCGUAAGAUCAAGAAGCGGAAAUACUCCGACGUGCGGGAUGACAGCCCACCGCCAGUUUUUCAUUCGAGGAAAGGCACAAGGUCCAGGCCGAACAUAAAGGUUCCCAAAUUCUAUCACCCAGGUGGUUACGAGACGUCCAACAAGGAACCUACCGAAACCGACGGUUUAAUAAUCGAAAGGCAGCCACACACUAACGUACCUUCAGAUCCUUUGUUAGAAAUCUCGGAGAUCAAACACGAACCAAUAGACAUAGAGGAAACUGAUGUGAUCGAAAUUGAAGACAAUAACGUGACCUACGACGAAGACGAGGAGGGCGAAAGUAUUAUCGGGGACUACGACAGUCCCAUUUUGAACAUCGCCAAAAGGAAGUCCGAAGAACCCACCGAAAUUCAACAGUACAGCAAUCUAAAGGACCUGGAGUUGCCCCUGAUUAUGAACGAAGAAAACGCAGCUAAACACGAUGAGGAACCUGAAAAACCACCGGAAGUGGACCCAUUGGAGGAACCCGAAGCUGGCCCAGAAGUUGGAAGCUUGGACGUCUCCGGAAUCACCAUCACCAACGUGCAAAGUCUUCAGGACAACUCAGUGGAUGAUAUGUUGAACCCCAACAACAAAUCCACAGAGGCUGAGAACAACGUUGAGCCCGAGGAACACACCGAAGAGGCAGCUAGUGUUGACAUUGUCCCCGACUUGCCAAGGAUCAGGGUGGCCAAUAACCUUUGUAUGAGACCGACUUUCAACGAAGAACCCGAACCGGACAUUGAACCUCCCGAAAUCAACAACAAAGAGGACGAAGCCUUCAUGGAGAACCUGGAAAUGUCAGAGACUUCCCAGGACAACACCGAACUGGAGGAACUCACCAAUAACGCACUGCAAGAACACUUUUCUGAAGACAUAACGUCCAAAUUCGUCACUGAUUUGGACCACCUGCCCAAUAAUUCGUCGGAUAAUGAUGUAAACGUUGCCGCAGGCUUCGGUGAUUUUGAUAAUACAUCACAUCCGGUUUAAUACCCGGUUUAUAUAUAAAUAUAUAUUUUAUGUUGUAUUUUUUUGUAAAUAAAUGUUUAUUUAGUUUUAUAUAAAGACCCUAUAUGUAAAAUCAGAUGUUGCAAAUACAGAUUCGUAGAUCAGGA